ACUCAGCAGGUUGGGCUGCGGUGGCGGUGGCGGUGGCGGUGGCAGCGGCAGCUGGGGAGCUGAGACGCUGCGUUUAAGAGGUCCCAGACACAUCUUCGGCUCCGUCUCCGGCACCCUCCGCCUCUCUCACCCCAGUCUCCUUCUGGGUGCUGCGGAAAGCAAGGGUGCUAGCCUUGGGAAUCCCGAGCACACCCGUGGCUGCUUCCGACACCGCCCUCCUUUCCUUCCAAGCCGCGGGCCUCGCUAGGUACUAGGCGACUCUGCGGGGAGGCGGCGGCGACGGCUGCCGGUCUGUGGAGGAGUCCUACGCUCCAGCCUUGUUCUUCCGCCGGGCCUGCAGGGGCCGAGAGAGCUCGGCUCCUGCUCUUCCUUUUGCCUUUUUCGUCUGCCGGUUGGAGCGGCGUCGGUCCGGGAGGUCUCUGGACUGAGGCGGCGGCAGCUCCUCCGGCUCCAUCAUGUCCGCGGGCGGAGACUUCGGGAAUCCGCUGAGGAAAUUCAAGCUGGUGUUCCUGGGGGAGCAGAGCGUUGGAAAGACCUCCUUGAUCACCAGAUUCAUGUAUGACAGUUUUGACAACACCUAUCAGGCAACAAUUGGCAUUGACUUUUUAUCAAAAACAAUGUACUUGGAAGAUCGAACAAUCAGGCUGCAGCUGUGGGAUACUGCGGGUCAGGAACGUUUCCGUAGCCUCAUUCCCAGUUACAUCCGUGAUUCUGCUGCAGCUGUAGUAGUUUACGAUAUCACAAAUGUUAAUUCAUUCCAGCAAACUACAAAAUGGAUUGAUGAUGUCAGAACAGAAAGAGGAAGUGAUGUUAUCAUCAUGCUAGUAGGAAAUAAAACAGAUCUUGCUGACAAGAGGCAAGUGUCAAUUGAGGAGGGAGAAAGGAAAGCCAAAGAGCUGAAUGUUAUGUUUAUUGAAACUAGUGCAAAAGCAGGAUAUAACGUGAAGCAGCUCUUCCGACGUGUUGCAGCAGCUUUGCCUGGAAUGGAAAGCACACAGGACAGAAGCAGAGAAGACAUGAUAGACAUAAAACUGGAAAAGCCUCAGGAGCAACCUGUCAAUGAAGGAGGCUGUUCCUGCUAAUUCCUUGUGAUAUCUUCAGCCCUUCUCCAGAAGCUCAUGGCUUUGGCCCCUUACUCUUUCAUUGACUGCAGUGUGAAUAUUGGCUUGAACCUUUUCCUUUCAGUAAUAACGUAUUGCAAUUCAUCAUUGCUGCCUGUCUCGUGGAGAUGAUCUAUUAGCUUCACAAGCACAAAAAAGUCAGUGUCUUCAUUAUUUGUAUUUUACAAAAAGCCAAAAGAUUUCAGCAUAUUCCAGUGGUAACUUUAAAAAUUAGAUACAUUUUCUUAACAUUUUUUUCCUUUUUUAAUGUUAUGAUAAUGUAUUUCAAAAUGAUGGAAAUCUCAACAGUAUGCGUGUGGCUUGGUUAAGGAGCAGUCUGUUCACAGCGCAUUUGCUUGCUUCCUGAUCUUCCCCUGCUUUUCUCAACCUCUGCCGUUCCCUCCCUGUACCCUAUUCCUCACCUUCCAUUCCUCAAAGCAAACAGGUGGUAGCAGAGAAGCAACAAGACCAAGCCCACUGCAAUUAUCCUUCCAAUUUUAAGAAUACCACUUCCUUUAGGCCUUUUGGGCUAAAAUGUCCAAAAUAAUCCUUCAGCACUGAUAUAAAUUACUUUGACCUUCUUUGAGGUCAGAACUCAGCUAUCUUGGUGGUUAGUGCUUAAAUAAGAAAAGGGUUCUGGUGCAUAUUCAAAAUUUUUCCUAAUGAACAUACUGGGUACUUAUAAGUAGAGGAACAUAAAUGUAUUUCUCACCCAAACAAAUGACCCUUUCACAUGUGCUUUAUUAGAUUCUGGGAGAGAGACAUGAACAAAUGCUUUAGUAUAGGUGUUAAGUAUUUUUUUGUAAUACUUUAUUGUAAGAAUCACCAAGUUCCAAUGGACUGUUUCUCCCAAGAUUUAUAAAUUGUCAAGUUAGAGUUAUUCUAUUUGUCAGAAAAAACUUUUAAAGCAAUAGAUUUCUCUUGGGCUUUCUUUGUUUUUAAAAACUGCUCUGCAGGCAAGACACUGAAGUUAAAUUCCUUUAAGAAGAACCAGUGAAAGAAUUUUAAUUGGGCACCAUGAUCAAAGCUACUAUAACCAAUAGAAACAGUGAUAACUAAAUCUCACCAACAAAAGAACCCUAAGCAGAAUAAUAGAUACUUUACUCAGGACAUUUGAAGGAAACAGUUUUUUUUUAUAAGCCCCUGUAGGCACAUCUGAAAAAAAGCAUACAUAGAGGAGGGGAAGGAGAGAAUGGAAAUAAAAUUUAAUAUUAAUGCAGAUUUAUGCCUUAUUUUUAGCAUUUUUUUAUGUUGGGUUGCUCAGGCUGGUUUUGCUUUUUAUUAGAGCUGUAUAGUUUGGCUAAUUAACUGGUGAUUUAGUUUUAUAUUUAAGCUAUGAUCAACCUUUUCUUUGGUGAUAUUUAUUCUUUUGCCUUUUUUAAAAAACUACUAUCAGUUUUUGGAAGUUUUGUUGAAUAUUUAGAGCUUGAUCAACAUGGCAAUAUGUAUUUCCUUUAAAACACUGCAAACACAUAUACUAGGAGUAUACCCUUUUAACCUUUACUAGUUAUUGUGAGGUUGCUGUGUAAGUUAAUAAACACAUUUGUAAAUACAUUGUUUGCAGGAGGAAAACUUCUGAGUUAUAGCUCAGGAAAAUCCUGCUAAAUUUAUGUUGUAAGCAUUACUUAACACAGUAUAAAGGUGAAAAGAUAAAAAUAUCUUCAUACUUCCUCAUCUUCUCAUUGCAACAAAACCCUUUAACCGGGAACCUUAUUCCCAUCUUUUUCUUCUUCCUCCUCCACUUAUUGUCACCUUGUAAUAUUCAGAGAGCACUUGGAUUAUUGAUCUGAAUAGAGAAAUGCUUUCAGAUAAUUAUUAGCCCACAUACCAGUAACUUAUGCUCAAAGACAGGAUGGAGUUGUUAAGUGCUUUUAUAAUGCAAUAUUAUUGUUAAAGGCAAGGGUUGACUCUUUGUUUUAUUUUGACAUGGCAUGUCCUGAAAUAAAUAUCAAUUCAAUAUGGCA